AACUGCCAAAGCUAACAAUGGCGGUUCUAGAAGCUGUUCUCUCCAUUUUCUCCUUCUCUUCUUCUUCUUCUUCCUCAAAACCUUAUCUCCUUUGUAAACGGUCUUCUUCCUUAAAACCUACUGCUCUGAGUCUUCGAAUUCCUAGUAAUGUCUCUCCCGUCUUCUCUCUCAAUUUCCCUCUAGUUUCCGGCUGCGAUAACUCGCGGCGGCUUGUCUCCGUACUAUGUUCCGUCGCGGAAAAAGAAACAUCAGCGGAUGAAGAAACGUCGCAGGAGGAGAAGACUGAAGAACCCCAGAAAUCAAAUCUAAAAAGGAAGCUAUUUGUAUUCAAUCUUCCUUGGUCUAUGAGUGUAAAUGACAUCUCCGAGCUCUUCGGACAAUGCGGGACUGUGAACAAUGUCGAGAUUAUAAGGCAAAAAGAUGGGAAGAACAGAGGAUUUGCUUUUGUAACUAUGGCUUCUGGAGAAGAAGCUCAAGCUGCUAUUGAUAAGUUCGAUACUUCUCAAGUGUCAGGGAGGAUCAUAAGCGUAAACUUUGCAAGAAGGUUCAAGAAGCCUACUCCGAAACCACCCAACGAUCUUCCUUCUCCCCCCCCUGGAGACACUCGUCACAAACUCUACGUAUCUAAUCUCGCUUGGAAAGCAAGGUCAACACAUCUCCGUGAGCUUUUCACUGCUGCAGAUUUCAACCCGGUCUCAGCUCGGGUUGUUUUCGCUGACCCUGAAGGAAGAUCUUCCGGCUAUGGCUUUGUCUCAUUUGCUACUAGAGAAGAAGCUGAGGAUGCAAUCACCAAACUCAAUGGGAAGGUAUAAAGUUCUCGUGUUUCAUUAUUAGAAAGUUUGCUUCUUUAGCUCUUGAGCAUGUAAAAGUGUUUCAUUACAAUUUGGUUUUUCUAUAAAAGAUAAUGGGCAGA